GUCCACAGGAGGACCGCGGCGAGCAAGGCGUCUUGGGACCUCGCGGGCGCUGUCUCCGCGCUCCUGUCCCCGUCCCUGCGGAUCCACGAGGCGUAAACCCGGCGGCCAGGAGCGGGAGAGCCCCAGGCAGCCAUGGGCGCCGGCAGCUCCACCGAGCAGCGGAGCCCCGAGCAGCCACCGGCGGAGAGCGACACGCCGGCCGAUCGCGAGCCCAGCGGUGGCGGCCCCGAGGAGGAGGCGACACCGGGCACGGCCGGGGACCCCGCCAUCGCCACUGCGGACCCGGCCACCAAGCUCCUUCAGAAGAAUGGCCAGCUAUCCACCGCCAAUGGUUUAUCUGAGCAAGGAGAUCUCAGCUCUCAGGAAGGAGCCCCAACAGGCCAGGAGGAAGAAGUCACUGUCACAGAUGUUGGACAGAGAGGACCUGAAGAUGUGAGAGAAAAAGAUUCAGAUAAAGAGAUGGCUACCAACUGCACAGCGACGGAGGACAUAAAGGACGGGCAAGAGGAGAUACCUGAAAUACUAGAACAGAUUCCUUCUUCUGCAAGCAACUUAGAAGAGACUGCACAACCUUCCGAGUCCCAGACUAGCGACGUUGGAUUUAAGAAGGUGUUUAAGUUUGUUGGUUUUAAGUUCACUGUGAAAAAGGAUAAGAACGAGAAGUCUGACACUGUCCAGCUACUCACUGUCAAAAAAGAGGAAGGUGAAGGAGCAGGGGCUGGCGAUCACCAAGAACCCAGCAUGGAGACAGAGGAGACAGCAACCAAAGAACUUGAACUCAAACAAUCCACAGAGACGUCAGAAGACACCCUUAUGCAUGAGCAAAGCAACACUGAAAUUUAUCCUCGAGCUGAGUCUGCUCAAGCAGCAGAGGAAGGCAAAGAUGAAGGAGAAGAGAGGCCAGAAAAAGAACUUGCCAAGUCUCCGGAAUCUGCAACCAGCCCCGUCACCACUGAGACCGCAUCGCCCUUCAAGAAAUUCUUCACUCACGGUUGGGCUGGCUGGCGCAAAAAGACCAGCUUCAGAAAGCCGAAGGAGGAUGAGCUGGAAGCUUCUGAAAAGAAAAAGGAACAAGAGACAGAAAAGGUAGACCUGGAGGAAAAUGAAAAAACAGAAGAGAUCUGUGAGCCACCAAUAGCCUCCGAGCAGCCACAGGAGCCUGCAGAAGGCGUGGACCAGGCCAGACUGUCCGCUGACUAUGAGAAGGUGGAGCUGCCCUUGGAAGAUCCAGCCAGUGGCCUUCAGGGAUCUGCCGAAGAGAAAUGCGCUCCACUGGCAACAGAAGUGUUUGAUGAAAAAAUAGAAGUUCACCAAGAAGUUGUUGCUGAAGUCCACAUCAGCACCACAGAGAAGGAAACUGAGGGGCAAGAGGCAGACGUGGAAGGAACAGUAGAAUCCUUGUCCCCUGAAAAGCUGGUUGAAGCAAAUGUUGAACCUCAGGAAGCUAAGCCUGCUGAAGAGGUGAAGCUCAAAGAAUUGUGCAUCUCGGGAGGAGACCAUCUCCAGCCCACGGAUCUGAGUCCAGAUGAAAAGGUGCUGUCUAAACACCCAGAAGGCAUCGUAAGUGAGGUAGACUUGCUGUCUUCACAAGAGAGAAUCAAGGUUCAGGGAAGUCCCCUAAAGAAACUUUUCAGUAGCACUGGCUUAAAGAAGCUCUCGGGAAAGAGGCAGAAGGGGAAACGAGGAGAUGAGGAGCCAGGGGAGCAGCAUCCAGUUCCUCUAGAGUCCCCAGACAGUGGGGACGAGCAGAAGGGUGAGAGCUCUGCUUCCUCCCCUGAUGAGCCCGAGGAGAUCACAGGUCUGGAAAAGGGGGUGGCAGAAGGACAGCAGGAAGGGGAAGUGGAAGAAGGAGCUAUUUCUGAUGGAGAAAAAAAGAGAGAAGGUAUUACUCCCUGGGCAUCUUUCAAAAAGAUGGUGACACCCAAGAAACGUGUUCGAAGGCCUUCGGAAAGUGAUAAGGAAGACGAGCUGGACAAGAUCAAGAGUGCCACCUUGUCCUCCACCGAGAGCACAGCCUCUGAAAUGCAAGAAGAAAUCAAAGGAGUUGGAGAAGAGCAAAAACCAGAAGAACCAAAGCGCAAGGUUGACACUUCGGUGUCUUGGGAGGCUUUGAUCUGCGUGGGGUCGUCCAAGAAGAGAGCACGAAAAGCAUCCUCUUCUGAUGAAGAGGGGGGGCCAAAAUCGAUGGGAGGAGACGCCCACAGAGCAGAGGAGGCCGCCAGAGACAAAGAGCCAGGAGCCGACGUGGUCCUUGCCAGCUCCCAGGAGCAAGAUCAAGCGCAGGGAAGCUCUUCACCGGAGGCAGCUGGAAGCCCUUCCGAAGGGGAGGGCGCUUCCCCCUGGGAAUCAUUCAAAAGAUUAGUCACUCCAAGAAAAAAACCCAAGUCAAAACCAGAAGAGAAAACUGAAGACCUGGGCAUAGAACAUUCAGCUUCCGAUAUUGAGCCCGGGAAAGAAGACGCUUGGGUUUCGAUUAAGAAAUUUAUUCCUGGACGGCGGAAGAAAAGAUCCGACGGGAAACAAGAGCAAGCCGCCCUGGAAGACGCGGGACCGACAGAAGUGAAUGAAGAUGACUCUGAUGUCCCUGCUGUGGUCCCUCUGUCUGAGUACGAUGCAGUAGAAAGGGAGAAAACCGAAGCCCAGAAAGCCCAGAAAAGUGCAGAGAAGCCCGAAGAACAGGUGAUGGGGUUUGUGUCCGAGGAGAUCAGCAAGACUCUGGUUCACACAGUGACUGUGGCUGUCAUUGACGGGACACGGGCAGUCACCAUUGUGGAAGAGCGGUCUCCUUCUUGGAUAUCUGCUUCCGUGACAGAACCUCUUGAACCAGUGGACGAUGAGACUGUGCCAUUAGCCAAGGAGGUAAUAGAAAGAGACAUCGUGGCAGAAGAAACCCCCGUGGUUAGCCAGACUGUGCCAGAGAGCCGAGAGGUCCAUAAGGUUACCAUCCUCAGCGAGGCAGAAUUAACUUCUGAAGCAGUGAUAGCUGCAGAAACCACCGAGGCUAUCGGUACCGAAGAAGCCACCGAAGCAUCAGGUGCCGAAGAGACCACAGAAAUGGUGUCAGCUGUUUCCCAGCUAACUGACUCCCCAGACACCACAGAGGAGGCCACUCCAGUUCAGGAGGUGGAAGGUGGUGUGCCAGAUCUAGAAGACCUGGAGAGGCAGACUCAAGCCGUCCUCCAGGCAGUGGCAGAAAAAGUGAAAGAGGAAUCAGAGUGGCCCGACACCCUAAAGCAGGAAGCCGCGAUUCAGACCACGAGAGAAGCAGAGCUGAAAGCAUCAGAGAAAGUGGAGGAUGUGGAAGAAGGUGAAGCGCCAGGUCCAAGGGAAGAGAGGGAGGUCAAGUUGGAGGUACACAUACAAGAAGCUAACACUGAACGUUUUACUCAAGGGGCUGUCAUGGUGCAGCCCACCCUGGAAAGCUUGGAAGAAGUUCCUGAGGUGACGGCCUGCACGGAGUCUGGGGAGCCUGUAAUCCCAAGUCAGGCUGAAAAGCCCCAGGAGAGCGAAGUGGGACAGGCUGUUCCCCCUGACUCGGCUGAAACCCCGACAGACAGUGAGACCAACGGAAGCACCCCCGUGGCAGAUUUGGAAGCUCUAGAUACAAUUCAGGAUGAUGAGGUUAUGAAAAGUCAUGAAGAAAACACAUUUGCACCUGGUACCCAGCCCCAGGCCACAGAGGCAGAGACCAUUCCAGCCCACAAAGAGGCAUCUGCUAGUUUUCAAUCGCAGGAAGAAAAUAAAGAACAAUCAAGAACAGAAGACGUUCUAGAAUAUACAGAACAAGAGCAAACAGCGGAAGAAGUACCGGUUUCGACUGAGGUGGUUCAAGAGGUUCGCCAGUCUGUUAAUGAGGAAAUGAAAGACGAACCACGUGUUGAAGGACAUGAAAGCUCUACAAGCACAGACAGAACCGAUCGCCAGGAGGAGGUCACUGAAAUUGCCCUCGAUGGCGAAGUGGAAUGUGAGAAGGAUGACAAUAUUGAACCCCAGCGUCCAAGCCCAGAGGAGGAAGAGACAGAAACUCAAGCAGAAAGGGAGAAAAAUGAAACAAAGCCAACACCAGCGGGCCAAGAACUUGAGCUAAAAACAGCUGCUCCCAUCUGCGAGGAGCUCAGCCCACAGCUGAUUCAGAUAGUGGAUAGGCCUGUCUCAGACAGGGGAAGGGAAGUAAGCAGUCUUGAACAUCAAGAGGACUCAGGAUGCAUAGAGGUUCAAGUUCAAAGCUCUGAUGCAUCAGUUACACUAACUGCAGCAGUGGAGGAGGAGCACUUAGCAGAAACAGGUGAAACUUUGGAGUCCGCAGGUGCACAUUCAACACCAGUAGUAAAGUUCUCUGAAAAAGACGAAGAUUGGACCCCUCAGCCAGGAGACGACACUGUGCCAGAGGGGCCUGAGUCUCGGGCAGAAUCAGUAACAGUAACAGCAUCCGCCACUCACGAAAAAGGCCAUUGUGAUCUGGAAGGAGAGAGAGGCGCAUUCCAGGAACAGGGGCCAGAUGAAGGUGACCAGCAGGUUGGUUGUCAAGAAGGCAAUGUGACUGAUGUCAAGGAGGGAGAUCUUGAAGCUGACAACGAGAUUUUGGGACUUGAGACUGAGAGCAGUAAGCUGGUACAGAACAUAAUCCAGACGGCUGUUGACCAGUUUGGGCAAACAGAAGCAGCAGCCUCUGAAACACCUGAUUUACAGACACAGGCUUCCCCAGAGCAAUCCAACAGCCAGGGAGCUGGACAGAAGACAGAAGAUGACAGACAGCAGGCCCCUGCCCAGGAUGAAACACAAGCCAUCGCCACCCAGGAUGAGUUCGUGCUAACCACUGUGGGACCAGCGCCUUCUGACAUCCCCGAAGAUUCCAGUGAAGCUUCAGAAAACAUGGUGAUGGUGGAGGUGGAAAGUUCCAGUGUAAAUGGCCCUCAGUGUGAAGAGGUGAUUCCUCCAUCAGACACAGACGGAGAUGGAACCAAAGCCAAACUUGUGCCAGAUGAUGGUCAGGCCGAGUUAGGAGAAAGAGUUGAGAAGCCAUCCUUUGAAUCCAAAGAAAAGGAGACAGGGGAAGCUACCCUUCACCCUGGCAACCAGUUCUCAGCUCUGUCAGACACCGAUGCCUGUGGAGGUGGAACCAAAGAGUCCUCUGGUGCCAACGGACUGAAAGGGACACAGGAGGAAGAUUCCCAAGAAGGAGGGCUUCAGGAAGGAGAAGGGCACAGUGAGCCUGAGAAGGAGAUGAAACCCCAAAAAGAAGAGGAGGAGUUGGAGAAUCGAGAGAGUGAGCCACCAAAACCCAAACUUACAGAGCACUAAGACGUGGUGUACACGCAUUGGGCGUUUGCAAGACCAGAAUGUGAAGACGAGUCGAGGAAGAAAACGCUGCUGAUGAGAGUCUAAGACCAAUGUCACAGAACUCUGAGAGCUGGAGCAGGAAGACCCACCAAACUCACUUCUAGAGUGCCCUGACAAUCCUGAGGCUUCAUCAGGAGCGAGAGCCAGCUAAACAUUUCCUUUUUCAAGACCACCUAUUAUUUCUCUUGAUACCAUAUAAUUUUCCUGAUUUAAGAUCCUGAAGUCUUAGCCUGGAACUGACAUUGGCAAUACCUAGCUCUACUUCUCGAACUGGAGUAUCAUUCUUUAUGUAUUUAUAUGUAUGUUUUAAGUAACCCUUCUUCUGUAUCUAUUGUAUAUUUUUUUCUUUAAUGUCUAAGACCACAGGCAGUAUAGCACCUGUCCUUUGUAUCACACAAUAUAUGAUGGGCCUGUAGCCAUGGGGAAGCCUUGGGAAGCUCCAAGCCUCACUUAUAACCUGACUUAUAAAGACAACGUGUGAGAAAAUAGCAUUGCUGACAAGAAGGUACAAUUCUUAUUUUUGAAAUUCACUGAUGCUUAGGUUCUUGCGUGGUAGGACUCUGAAACUGGCCCCUUUCUUCUGCACCGCGAGUUAAAAAAUAAAGCUCAUUUUAAAAUGGAGAGAAUGAUGCACUUAGUUACUGUGACUUUUCUUUCUAGUCCUUUGGAGGUUACUCUUAACGCAGAGCAGUAAAAUGUUUUUUAUGUUAUGCUGGAAGAAUUGAUUUAUAAGUUUUUGAUUCUACUCUUAUAUGCUAGACUGAAUUCACACCCAGAGAACAAAAUGAAUCCCGGUCUUUCCAAAUGGUAUUUUGAUAGAUACUGGAUUGUGUCUGUGUCACAUGUGUUGCCCCUUCUUUUAAGAGCAAUGUUGCAUUUUGUUCAUUUGAAUAAAUUGUGAUUUGACAGCUGAUUUAAAUAAAACAUUUGCUUCACUUAGAUUUACUGAUUUUAUUAGUUACUAGGCAGCCGAGGACCCGUGUUCACUCUGUUAGAGUAAGCUAAUGACAACAAGACGACAGACAAGCUGGCACCUUGUAAUUCAGUAACUACAUGGAGACAUCACUUCA